CUUUAAUUAAUCAGUUGUGAUCUAAUUCAUAAUUUCCAGGAAUUAAAAUUCCAUUGUCAGCAUGUCUUCCGCAGAUUGGGAAGAAGUUAAGCGUUUGGCUGCAGAUUUUCAAAGAGCGCAGUUGACAUCCGCUUCUCAAAGAUUAACAGAAAGAAACUGUAUCGAAAUUGUGAAUCGCCUCAUCGAGCUAAAGUUGUUGGACGUUGUGUACACCUCUGAUGGAAAAGAAUACAUCACACCGCAACAGUUGGUUAAAGAAAUUCAAGACGAACUCUACGUUCAUGGAGGUCGCCUCAGUCUAGUAACAUUGGCAUCCAACUUGAAUGUGUCAUUGUCUGUGGUGGAGGCUCGAGUAGCAGAUUUAUUGAAGCAAGAUCGUCGCAUUCACAAUGUUCUGGGACAGCUUAUCACGGCGACCUUCAUUGACACGAUGUGUGAAGACUUGAAUGAGAAAUUGGUUCAAGAUGGAAUGGUUUCAUUGUCUGAACUUUCAAAGACUUCCGAUCUUCCAGGAGAGUUUUUGCAGGAUCAAAUUGAGAAGCGGCUGGGAAAAGUUAUUCACGGCAAAGUAGAUCGAGACGACCCUAAUUUGAUAUAUACAGAGACUUUUGUAAGGAGAAAUACUGCCCGAAUUAGAGGAAUAUUGUCCGCCAUCACGAAACCCACACCGAUUAAUCAAAUAUUACUCAAAUUUGGGUCAAAUGUUCCGGAAAAGCUGUUUUUUGGAAUUGUGGACAAACUCAUUACCACCAAGAGAAUUGAAGGAAUAGUUUCUGGGGGUGGAAGCAGUCGCAGCGCAUAUUACAUUCCAUCCGCUCACACAAAAGCCCAAGUGCAAUGGAUUGAGGGUUUCAUGAAUGGAAACGGAUAUGUGGAUUUGGAUGCGGCUGCACGUCUUGGGAUUUCAGAUCCGAAAUCAUUCAUCACCAAGAGGUUUCCCAACCAACAUCUCCUGUUUUUGAAGACUUGUGUGCUUGGUGAACGUUUGUUUAAACAGGCAAAAGAACAAGUGGAGGAGAGUUUGUCAAGUCCCGGGUGGGUUGAUAUAACUUCGAUCCUUCCUGCAAGCGUGACUGAGCAGGAUUUGCAAAUUUUGAUGGAUGAAAUUCUUGCUGGGGUUAAAAAUACAACCGUCUUCGACUCCAUUGUUGUCAAUAAAAGUCUGCUGGAGGAGCUCAAGAAGCAAUUCAAGCCACUAAUGCCAGACAAAGCUGCCAAGGAUAUCAGCUCUGGAAAAUAUAUUCAGCUAGUCAACGACACCAGAGCUGCUGAAAAGAAGCUGAAACUUGCCGAGUUGGGAGAAGACAGCACACGAAGUGGAGGAAAGAAAGAUGACCGACGGAAGAAGGCAGCUAGUGGCAAAGCCGGAGGUGGAACGCAGGGCAGGGAAACAAAAACCAAAGCUACCAAGAAAAAAUAUUUGGCUGGGAAGAAGGAUGACUGGUCUGAUUCUGAAGAUGACAACCCACCUCCGUCGAUUACAUUGUCCAAUAGUGCAUCGUCUAAAGCGAGCUCUCGUGCUGCACCCACCGCGAAUAAGAACAAAGUCCAGCAGCAGCUAGAGUUCCAAUCCGUGAACGAAGUUAGAUAUGCUAUCGCCAAGAACGAAUCCUUGUCAGAAGCACCACUCGAAUUAUUGGAAAGCAUAGCACAAAUUAUUUCCGUAGGGUUGCAAGACGAGUAUCAAGUCGUACUCAAAGAAGCCUUUGACAAGUUCAUGUCUGAGAAAUGUGGAAGGAAGAGCCAGGAAGAAGUUUUGGAGAAAUUAUUCAAAAUGACCACCAUGUUUCAGUUGUAUGUGGAAGGACUCAACUCUUUCGAAGGGGAUGUAAAAAACCAACUGGAAAAGUUCCUUCUUAAAAGUUUUGGACAAGAAAUUGUUAUUGCAGCAACAACAUUCUUACUUAUGGAGGCCGGACUGGAUGAAAACUCACAAGUUGGGGAUUUACCAGAAGGUAAAGUAAAACAGUCGAUGUUAGCACUGGGAAAAUCUGCGGAUAUCGAGACAUUUACCGGACUGCUUCAAACAGUUGUUCCUCCUGUGAAAAAAUCAGCAAAGAGCACAUUCAACCCUCGAAACAUAUUGUUAGAGUCUCGAGAUUCCUUGAUGAAGGAGUUGGGUGUAGCUGAGACGUCAGAUCCAGCCCUAUUUCUGCAUAUUGCGAGCCUUAUCCUGUUUUCGUUGACGUCAGAAGCUUUGCUCCAAGCAUCCGGGAAGUUUGUACCUCAGAUCAUUUCGUCUUUGAGUGGAAAGUUGACGAAGGAGGAACAUGCCCAGAUGAAAGAAUGUCAGGAGCAGGUCGUUUCCUUGAUCAAAUUAAAGAAUGGUCCUGGUGCGGAGGAGGCGAAAGAACAUUUAACCACAACAAUCCUCCCCUCAAUCAAGAAUAUAAUAACCAACCGGACGAAGUAGGCAGUUGACGAAUUUACUUGAAAUGUAAUUUAGUACAGAUAUUUAUAAUAACUACGGUUUUGGUCUUUAUGCUCAAUUUAUUAAAUACAAGUUGGAUUUCUGUAUAUCCGGUCGGUGAUAAAAAUAAAUCAUAUUCAAUAUUCAACCAAA